AUGGGAGUCCCUGGGGACAUUCUGCUGCACACAUCCCCUCCAUGGCGCUGCCUGCAGGAUCCUUCAAGCUUACAAUGCAAAGUGAACACCUCUGCUCCCAGAGAUACUGUGAGGCUUGGAGGAGUUCCAUUCACACUGCACCUGCUAUGGGCCAAGAUUGCCAGUGUCUCCAAGAUCUUUCCAGUCCUCAUGCUGUACCGCCUGUGGGAGGAGGGUAUCGUAGCCUCUCUAGAUGACCCUCUGGAGCGGUAUGCCAGCUCCUUCACUAUUAACAACCCACUGGGCAUGGCACCAGCCCCCAAACAACAGAGCCUGAUGGAUGGGCUGGAGGAGGUGGGCCCAGCCCCAAGGCCUUCGCCCGUCACCCUCCGAAGGAUGGCCAGCCAGCUCUCAGGGCUGCCUCGAAGGCUGCGGUCCACUUCGCUGCUGUGGAGGGGCAGCACCCAGGAGGCCCUGAGCCUGCUCAAGGAUGAUGUGCUGGUGGCGGACCCGGGAACCAGGUGCCAUUACAGCACCCUGGCCUUCUCGCUUCUGGCGCACGUCCUGGCAGCCCACACGGCCCAGGGUGACUACCAGCGCUGGGUCUCCGAGAACGUGCUGGAGCCGCUGGGGAUGGCAGACACCGGCUUCGACCUCACCCCUCCGGUGCGCGCCCGCUUGGCGGCGGGCUUCUACGGCAGCGGCCGGCCGGCCCCGCUCUACGACCUGGGCUGGUACCGCCCGUCCGGCCAGAUGUACUCCACCCCCGCCGACCUGGCCAAGCUGGCCAUGGCGCUCCUGGGCAGCGGGCCCCGGCGGCUCCUGCGGCCCGACGCGGCCAAGACGCUGCUGGCGCCGCUGCUGGCCUGCCCCGGCGCCUACUUCGCCAACGAGACCGGCACCCCCUGGGAGUUCCACGCGCAGAGGGGCUACCGCGUGGCGCGCAAGGACGGCGACGUGGACGGCUACGCCGCCACCUUCUCCCUGGUGCCGCCGCUGCAGCUGGGCCUCGUGCUGCUGCUGGCCGGGCCGCGGCCGCCCGGGCCCGACCUGGUGGCGCGGGCCUACGACGCGCUCCUGCCGGCGCUGGAGCGGGCCCUGCGGGAGGCCGCGCGCCGCCCCGCCCCGCCCCCGAGCGCGCGCCCGUUCGCCGGCUACUUCACCUGCGCCAACCGCACCUUCUACGAGGUGCGCGCCGGGCCGGCGGGCGAGCUGCGCCUGCGCCAGUUCGGGCCCCGCGCGGAGGCGCUGGUGCCGCCCGCGUUCCGGACGCUGGCGCUGCGCCACCUGCGCGGCCGCGUCUUCCAGCUGCACGUGGCCCGCGCGUUCCCGUGCGCGCUGCCGCUCGGCGACGCCUGGCUCUCCCUGGAGGCCCAGCACGGGCAGCUCGUCCGCUUCUACCCCCUGGACCGCCGCGGGCUGUCCCCGGGCUUCGACGUUCCCGGGCUCAACACGUACCGGGUGCUGCGGCUGCCGCGCAAGCCGGUCUUCCAGACCCGGUGACCGGGGCUCUGGCCGGAGCCUCCCCGCCUCGCCUUCCCGCGAGCCCAGGUAGUUGACGAAGCGGGGUAGGGCCCCCCGCUACUCGGAGUGUGGACCCCGGACCACAGCCGGGCUGCAAACGAUUCCUUAUCCACGGGGGAGGACGAGCUAAGUACAGAAACUUAGAAUAAAGCAUUUACAUACUUUGAA